AUGGCUACUCCAGAUCAUUGUCUCUAUUGUUUCGAAGUUCUAACCGCUCAUCUCGAAAAACGUCCAUCAUUACCCUUGGAAAAAGUUCAAGAAUUAUGGACAAUCUAUCCUAAAGGUCUUGAAUUAACCAGUUCAGAAGAAGAAGAUGAAGAAGACAUUAAUCCUCAAACUAUUGAUUCAACCUCACAAAUUCAAUCGAGAAGAGAUCCAAGACCAGAUCCAAAUGCAAACACAAAUUUGGCUCGUCAUCCUAUACUUCAACGUAUCACACGAUCCACUUCAGGAACUAGUACUCCAUCUUCUAGUUCCUCAUCUGAACGAACUUCUACCUCAAAUUCAACAUCUGCCACUACUCCUUCUAGCUCAACUACAUCUUUCACUCCCAUCGGUAUCGCCCCUUCUCCACGCCACACCACACAACUCCCUUCUUCCUCUCCUCGCAAUGUCCGCGAUUGGUCAUCCCCUCUCUUCGUAACCUGGAACACCUUAUCAACCUCCUCACAUCCUCAUCAAAACUCCCCCACCCUUCGCGGUUGCAUCGGAACCUUCUCCUCCGAACCUCUCAUCACCUCUCUCCCAGAAUACGCCUUAACAUCCGCAUUACACGAUACAAGAUUUUCCCCGAUUUCCCGCUCCGAGCUUCCCACCCUCGAAGUAGCAGUAACGUUACUCACAGAUUUCGAAACCUGUGCUCAUCCACUCGAUUGGGAAAUUGGAGUUCACGGGAUUCGUAUCACUUUUUAUCAUAAGAAUAAACGAUAUGGAGCGUGUUAUUUACCCGAUGUAGCGGUAGAGCAAGAAUGGGGCAGGGAAGAAACGGUAGUGAGUGCGAUGAGAAAGGCUGGGUGGGGAGGUAGGAGGGAGAAAUGGAGAGAAGUGGGUCAAUUGACUGUGGUUAGGUAUCAAGGGAGAAAGGAAAGUGUUAGUUGGAAGGAAUAUAAUGAGUGGAGGAAUUGGGUGAAGAUGUUGGAUGAGAAGAAUGGGGGUAGUUAG